AUUAGCAUUCCAUAGCUUCUCUUACUUAUUUAGUAUAUCCAAAAUUUGGGACUUUGUAUGACCUUGCUUAGCCAUUUGCACAAAUGUAUCUUUAGAAGCGAAAGGAAGGAAUUUUGCUUCACCUGUGUUCACAAUAAGUUUGAUCAUCGGGGCAUUGGCAUUCUCCUCAAUUGAAUUGCCAUUAUUUUUCUCUCUAAGUUUUUGCAGUUUUUUUGCAACGACACAAUCACGGUAGAAGGAUAAGAAUCGCCGCAGUUACAACAAUUAAUAGGAUCUUUUUUAGUUUUGCUGCAUUCAGUAAUUUGCCCACACAGUUCACAGCCCUCGAUGGCUUACCGACUAAAUUUUUUGUAUGUCCAAAAGCUUGAAAGUUUUUCACUGUGAAAUUAAUUUAGAUGCUUAAUAGGCUCAACUUUGACAACGGCACUACGAAUAGUUUUGAUCUGGUGGAUUUUCCUACUGCCUUCGGUAGCAACGAAUACUGCUAAAAACAUCUUCCAUGUAUGUUUAUUAAUUGCAUUAUUAUCAUUACCUUUAUUUGCCUAUUAUGUUUGCUUUCGUAGCUAAAUCAAGGCAUUUUGGCACAACUGAAAGGUCUAAAAGUGAGCAUAAAGGAUCAGUUAACCGUAAUUAGUGAGCAUAAAGGAUCAGUUAACCGUAAUUAGUAAGCGCAAUAAUCUAUGGGACAAGUUUUGAACAUUUGACGAUAAUUGGUCUAGCAUUUUAUGUUUACGAGAAAUAACUUAACAAUAUGGUAUCACUAAAGGGCAAAUUUACUAAACUGACGUUUAGAAACUUCAUAAUAAAAUUUGCAUCUUUUGUGAAAUAUAAAAUGCAGAGGUAAAAUAAUUGGUGUGCAAAAUAAACUCAGUAAAAAUAUCAAAUUUUAUCUUCUAAAUUUUAAUGAAUUAAAAUUAAAACGGCUUUAUAAAAUAAAAAUACACAAUAAUGGAACGUUGUUAUAAUCGCGGUUGUGGGCAAACAUUUGACCCUGAAAAUAAUACCGAUGAAUCUUGUUGCCAUCAUCCUGGAGCCCCGUAUUUUCAUGACGCCUACAAGGGUUGGUCAUGUUGCAACAAAAAAUCUGUAGAUUUUACUGAAUUUUUAAGCAUUAAAGGAUGUACUCUAUCGAAGCACUCGAAUAUCAAACCACCGGAACCUGAAAAGCCAGAAAAGAAUGGAGAUGAUAAGAAUGUUUUUGUAGAAGUGCGCACCCCAAUUAGAGAAGCAAUGCGGCGCCCACCUAUUGAAACUCCAAUGACUCUAAUAAAACCAACAAUUGCACAAGCAUUAAAAGAUGCCAUAUAUUCAAUUAAAAUGAAAAAUGUUAAAACUAAUGAAGACAGUGAAGUAACCUCAGGCGCUGUAUCAAUUGGUACUGGUUGUAAAAAUAAAGGCUGCACUCAUUCAUAUAGUGGUACAGCUACUGAUCACUUAGAAUGCGUAUAUCAUCCAGGUGUUCCGAUUUUUCACGAAGGUAUGAAGUAUUGGUCAUGUUGUCAACGCAAGACAAGUGAUUUUUCUGUGUUUAUCGCACAAAAGGGCUGUACAUCUGGAGAACAUAAAUGGUUCAAAGAGGAUGAAGACAAGCAAGUGGUUAAUUGCCGUUAUGAUUGGCAUCAGACUCCAACGAACGUUAUUGUUUCCAUAUAUGCAAAGAAAUAUAAUUAUAAGAGUAGCAAGAUAGAAGUAAAUCCAAUCCGUCUUCACGUGAAUCUUGUAUUUCCUGAGCAGAAUGAUGCGAAGUUCGAUUUGGAACUAGAAUUACGCGGCAUCAUUGAUGUAAAUAAAACUAGUGCACACAUGUUUGGAACAAAAGUUGAGAUAACAAUGCCAAAAGCAGAAGCUGGAUCAUGGCAAAAACUUGAUUUUCCUCGAGAAAAACUGCCACCGGUACUGAAGCUAAAUGAAUCUCAAGGUAUUUCCACUACUCAAAGAAAAGAUUCAGAAUCUGAUGAUGGAUUUAAUUUGGAUGACAUUGAAACUGUAAACACCGGCAUUAGGCUCACUGAUAUUAGUGACAAUAAAAGCCAUUUGGACUAAGUAAUAACAUAGCGAUCACAAGCAAAAAAAAAAAACAAGUUUCUAAAGUGACUACUUCCUCAUAGAAAUCAUUUCUCUGUUCACUUUAUAUAGUUUGCGAGAAUUUUUCACAUAACUUAUCUAUUUAAUAAAUGUGUAAGAAUUUAUAAA